AUGCCGACGACGACGCGGGCGACGCGACGAAAAGCGCAGGGGCUCCCCCCGAGCCCGCGAUCGUACGCGCACAGAACCGGGGGCGACGACGAUCACGACGGCGCGACCGCCGAGCGUAAGACGUCGUCGUCGGACUGGAGCGGCAGCGCGCGCGACGCGAGCGCGUUCGCGAAGCUCCUCCGCGCGCUGGGCGCGAUCAUGAUCAUGGUCUUGUCGCCGAUCGCGUCCGUGUUAGUCGUGCACUCGUUCCAAAACACGGACGGGUCGCUCGCCGCGCUCGUCGACGGCUUCCGCGAGAAGGGCGCGUUCGAUUACGUACGCGACGCGUGGCCGUCCACGUCGCCGCGCGCGUGGAAGUUCCUCGGCGCGUACGCGCUGUUCGAGGCGCUUCUGCAGGUGUACCUCCCCGGGAAGCGGUUCGAGGCGAUGACAACCGCGAACGGGAACGUCCCGGUGUACAAGGCGAACGGCGUGCAGUCGUUGCUCGUCACGAUCGGGACGUUUUUCGCGUUGUGGAAACUCGAGGUGACGACGCCGUCGGAGGUGUACGCGUUGUUUCCCGAGAUGGUCGCCGGCAUGGUCUGGGUCUCCGUCCUGUUCUGCGUGUUUCUGCUCAUCAAAGGGCACGUCGCGCCGACGGACGACGACAGCGGCAGCAGCGGCAACGUGAUCGACGACUUUUGGUGGGGCAUGGAGCUGUACCCUUUCCUAGGCCCGCUCAACCUGAAGCAGUUCACCAACUGCCGGUUCGGGAUGAUGGCGUGGGCGGUGCUGCCCAUCAUCUUCGCGUGUCACCAGUACGAACGCGACGGGUACGUCGCGGACUCCGUCACCGUGUGCGUCGCGCUCAUGUCCGCGUAUAACUUCAAGUUUUUCCUCUGGGAGACGGGGUACUUCAACUCGAUGGACAUUCAGCACGACCGCGCCGGGUAUUACAUCUGUUGGGGGUGCCUCGUCUGGGUCCCGGUCGUGUACGCGUCCCCGGCGCUGUACAUCACGUCCGUGACGCCGGGGCGGACGCUGGGUACGCCGCUCGCGGUGACCAUCUUACUCCUCGGGUUGCUCUCGAUCUGGGUCAACUACGACAGCGACCGACAGCGUCAGGCGUUUCGCGCGUGCGGCGGGCGGGUGAAGAUUUGGGGACGAAAGCCGACGAUCGUGCGCGCGGAGUACGUCGUCGCGAAGGACGGCGAGCGCGUGACGAAGAAAUCCAUCCUCCUCGCGUCCGGGUGGUGGGGGCUCGCGAGGCACUUUCACUACCUCCCGGAGAUCACCGCGAGCUUCUUGUGGACCGCGCCCGCGCUGUUCGACGUCGCGCCGCCGUAUCUGUACGUCGCGUUUCUCACCGCGUUGCUCAUCGAUCGAUCGAUCCGCGACGACAUCCGGUGCCGGCGGAAGUACGGCCAGUACUGGGCGAAGUACUGCGAGCUCGUGCCGUACAGGAUCAUCCCGGGGGUGUUUUAA